AUGACAAUGCCGUCCAGCUCCCCCAUCGCGCAAGACAGGGCAACGCGGACAUUUGCAAGCCCGCCUUGCACCGCCUGCCACUUACCCCACUCCUCGGCAUUGUCUAGCACGAAGAGGGGCCUCUACGGGUCCCCACAGGACCUCCAGUGCAGGGUCAGCCCACCCCACGCAUUGGGGUUGAGAUCAACCGGGACAAGGGCGGAGGCGGUUCUAGCCAACCCCAGCGCCGCCGUCCCCGACGUCACCGCCGGGGCAGGCGCCACCACCCCUGACGCCGCCGACCCCGUCGAUGACCGUGGCGCACGCGCCGUUGUCUCCGUCCUCAUCGCCGCAGCCGCCGUUGUCAUCGCCGACACGCGUCCCGCUCUCUCCGCCGCUGCCACUGUCUCCGUCGCAGCCGCCGGAGUUGUCGUUCCCGUCUCUAUUGCCGCCGCGGUCUCCGUCGCGGCCGCUGGGGCAGGCGUCCCCAUCUCUGCCGCUGCCGCUGUCUCCGUCGUGGCCACUGGGGUGGGCAUUCCCGUCUCCGCCGCCGCCGCCGUCUCCGUCGCGGCCACUGGGGCAAGUGCCCCUAUCUCCGCCGCCACCGUCCGAGCCCCCUCCAUGGCCAACGCUCUGGACACCGACUCUUUCCCGACUGGCUCCUCCGCCUCGUCAUCGAGGUCUAUCACCUCGCCGAGCGGAGGAACCCCAGGGGCAGCACCUUGUCCCACAGGGUCGGCUGCGGAGGUAGAAGGCGGAACAGGGGUCGGUCCCUGCCCUGUGCCCGACUGCGGCACCCUUCCUCCGGUCACCGCCGCAGAGGCCGCCUCUGCGGGAGGCCCCACGGCCUCUCCGACGACACCGCUUCUCGCCGCCGCCGGGGUCACGGCCCACCCUACGGAGGUGGUCGACACCCGGAGCGCCUUCUUCGGCGCCAGCGGCGGGACGAAGUCCCGAGGAGCGGCGCUGUGA